CUGCCCCCGAGGCUCUUCCGACCCGACCCCCGGGCCGGUCGUGUUGGACCGGGGAGGCAACGUGGAGUGGAUGGAUACUCGAUGGGGACAGGCCAUGGAUGUUAAGGUCCAGGCAUACAAGGGGAACAACUAUAUCACCUUAUGGCACGGGGGCGACAACGGCGCGUUUGGGAAAGGCUUUCGAAUUAUGGUAUGCAGAUCCACCCCACCUUGCCUACCGCUAAGGCACAACGGGGAAUUAACGGGCACUUUCGAAUCCUUCGCAAACCACAAUCCAUAUGGAGGAGCCAUCGUUCGCAGUUUGCAUUCCCGCGUCUAGCUACAAUUCUAGUAUAGGCUCGGAGCCCGAGCGGCGAAUGAUGCACGUUCCCUCAGAGGAAGAAGCAGAGUCGGCAACGGGCUAACCCUGGCUCGACAUGUGCUAUACCUU